UGUUUAAAAUUUAUAUAGUAUAAAAAUUAUGUUUUAUCAAUUAAUUUUAAUAACAGUAUAUCCAGCUAUAACUAACUCUGAUGAUGAGGAUACCAAUGAUGUGACUUGGAAACCACCACCUAAUAUCUUAAUUCCUGGGGACCGCUUAACACGCAAACAUAUCAAGUGUUUGUAUCCUAAAGUUGAAAAACCUUUAUCAAAGAAAAAUAAAUGUAAAAAUAAUAAGAACAACAUAGCAGCAAUCAAACGUUUGAAAAAAGGUCGUUUACCAAAAGUUAAACAAGUUUUAGAAGACAUAGAUGUUUCAAAGCCAGCUACUGAUUUUACAGACGAGAUAAAUAUUGAGGAAUCAAUAAAAAAAAAAAAUUGUGAUUCAUUGACUCCCAAGGUUGGGAGACCAAGAAAAGGUAUGGCUACACCAAAACAACGCCUGGGGCGUAUUAUAAAAAUACAUAAAAUGAUAAAAUAACUAUUGAAGAUAGAUGCCAGAUAAUUUAUUUUUUUGAUGAUCGAUAGAUAGUAACUUAUAAUGUUCCCAUAAAGCAUUUGUAUAUAGAUGUAAAUUGAAUUAUAACUAUCAAAAAGUAUUCUUACUUUUGCAGUCAUUUUGUAUAAAUCAAAAAUUGUUAUUAAAAUGUAUAUUUUAUUCU